CUUAAUUUACUGGCCCGGUGGCCUGGUGGAUAAAGCUCCCGCUUCACACACGGAGGGUCCGGGUUCGAUUCCCGGCGGGUGGAAACAUUUCGACACGUUUCCUUACACCUGUUGUCCUGUUCACCUAGCAGCAAAUAGGUACCUGGGUGUUAGUGGACUGGUGUGGGUGGCAUCCUGGGGGACAAGAUUAAGGACCCCAAUGGAAAUAAGUUAGACAGUCCUCGAUGACGCACUGACUUUCUUGGGUUAUCCUGGGUGGCUAACCCUCCGGGGUUAAAAAUCCGAACGAAAUCUUAUCUUAUCUUAUCUUACUUUUGGUUAGAAAAUAUGAUUGGGAUUGAAUAAUAAAGUUUGAGGUUGUGGUUGACGAUGUUGUAACAUAAGCGACCACCAGCAGUUUGUUGUGUUGGCAACGGCUGAGUCUGGGGGUCAACCCAUCCACAUUUUUUGAUGUUUUUCCCGUAGUUUAGUGGUGUAGAGGACGCCAUGUGGUACUCCAUUAUAUUUCUGACACUGGUGGUGCGGGUUUCAUGGAGUUUUUAUGUGCCUGGAGUAGCACCGGUGGAGUUUAAGAGGAAAGAUGCUGUGGAUGUUAAGGCUGUCAAGAUGACGAGUUCCCAGACACAACUUCCUUAUGAAUAUUAUUCCCUCCAGUUAUGUCGCCCUCAAAAUGGCACAAUUUACAAGUCUGAGAACCUAGGGGAGGUACUAAGGGGGGACAGGAUCGUCAAUACCCCUUAUGAUGUGAAAAUGGCUGUUAAUACCCCAUGCAGAUUACUCUGUCAUCACGUUAAUGACCCUAUUAUAUGGAAUGAGAAAGAGGCUAAAGAGGUGGCUAAUAGGAUCAGACAUGAGUAUUAUGUUCAUUUAUUGGUCGAUAACCUGCCCUGCGCCACGAAAUUUACCAUGAUGGAUACCCACGAACAAGUCUACGAACGGGGCUAUAAGCUCGGGUAUAUCUAUAACGAUAAAGUCUAUGUUAAUAACCACCUGCGUUUUAUCCUCUCGUAUCAGACGGAUGAUAACGUCAACUUCCGUGUGGUUCGGUUUGAAGUCGAGGAGAGUAGCGUCAGUCUCUCCGAGAUAAAGGAAACAGAUGGUCACUGCUCUUUCCCUGAGAAGCACAAUCCCCAAGAAGUGAAGGAGAUAGGAGCUACCGAUGUUGUUUUCACUUACUCAGUGGAAUGGCAAGAAUCUACAGUGAGGUGGGCCUCUCGCUGGGACAUCUACCUCCAAAUGACAGACGUUCAAAUACAUUGGUUCUCCAUCGUUAAUUCUCUAGUAGUGGUGUUCUUCCUCUCUGGCAUUCUCACCAUGAUCAUGAUCCGUACUCUGCGGCGAGAUAUUGCCAGAUAUAAUGCCGAUGAAAGUUUGGAAGAAACUCUGGAAGAGUCAGGAUGGAAGCUGGUGCAUGGUGAUGUUUUCCGACCUCCCCGCUACCCCAAGCUCUUCUCUGCUCUAGUGGGCUCUGGCAUGCAGAUCUUCUGUAUGGCACUCAUUACCAUCAUACUAGCUAUGUUUGGCAUGCUCUCCCCUGCGUCUCGUGGUGCUCUCAUGACCGCUGGCAUCUUGCUCUAUGUCUUCAUGGGUCUCGUCGCUGGUUAUAUGUCUGGUCGACUGUACCGCACUCUCCGCGGACAUCAGUGGAAAUCUGCAGCGUUUUGGACAGCCACCCUUUACCCUGCUUUUGUAUUUAGCACUGGAUUUUUCUUGAAUUUCUUCAUUUGGGGAAAACAGUCUAGUGGAGCAGUGCCAUUCACAACAAUGAUGGCAUUAUUGUCACUGUGGAUCUGCGUCUUGGUGCCUCUUACGUUCAUCGGUUACUUCUUUGGAUUUCGAAAACAGCCUUACGAGCACCCAGUUCGUACCAACCAGAUACCACGACAAGUACCAGAGCAAGUUUGGUACAUGCAUCCUGUGUUGUGCCUGCUUAUGGCAGGUGUACUGCCUUUUGGAGCCAUGUUUAUUGAAUUGUUCUUCAUCUUGUCUGCAAUUUGGGAGAACCAGUUUUAUUACUUAUUUGGGUUCUUGUUCCUGGUGUUCUUGAUCCUUGUCAUCUCAUGUGGCCAGAUCAGCGUAGUGAUGGCAUACUUUCAGCUAUGUGGCGAAGAUUAUCACUGGUGGUGGCGCAGCCUUAUCACUUCUGGUGGGUCAGCCGUGUACGUUGCUGCUUACUCCAUUUUCUACCUAACUACUAAGCUGGAGAUCACAGAGUUUGUUCCGCUCUUGCUGUAUUUUGGCUACACCACAAUUAUGGUUAUGACUUUCUGGUUACUUACUGGAACAGUUGGCUUUUAUGCAGCAUAUCUCUUUAUUAGGAAUAUCUAUGGAGCAGUCAAAAUUGACUAAGAGUCCCAGCUUCAAAACCAUGUAUAGGAAAACAGACAUUACCCUCUUCUUUCUUUUUUUUUUUUUUUUUUUUUUUGUCCCACUGUGCUAUAUACACAAGCAUCAAAUUUAAUAAAUGGUAAUACAAUACACUGAUUGCAAUUUGUUUUAAAUUAAUGCUUUUAUUUAAUAAAAAACAUGCUUAAAUGGCAUAUUAUGACCAAUUUAUUAUUCGUUGGAAGGUCAUUCUCAAGUUCGUCUUCAUAAAAGUUAAUGGGAUUACCAAUAUCUGCAGAAUGUCAUUUAAAAAUAAGUUCCUUUUGUGAUAAGGAAUAGGUUCAAUUAAGAUCCUCUGGUUGUGAAAUGAGACAAAAUGUCGGUUCAUUUUGAGAUUACAAGCCAUUCAGAGGAACCAUGGGUGUAUUUUAAGGCAGUUUUGAGAUGGCAAUUUAUACCUUAAGGGAAUUGAUCAUCAUGCAAUUUUUUUGCCGUUGUAUUUAUCUUGAUAGUAUAAUUUAAACAAAAUGCUCAGUCUGCAUGUUUUAUAAGUGAAAAUAUAAAUGAUUAAUCCUGCCAAAUAACCUUCAGAUAUUAAUACUAGCUCCUGUCAGUCAUAUCAGAUACGAUAUUUUUGAGUUAGUCUUGGGCAUUUACCAUAGUGAAAGCAGCCAUGAAUGUUGCUGAAGGCAAAAUUUUGGAAAGUUUGCUACAGCCUCCAGGAUACGAAAUGUGAUGGUAGAAUUACCAGCAAAAUAAGUAAAUGGAUGCAGAGGCAACUAAUGUGGCAUUUUAUUGUGGCAACGUUUCGCUUUCCAGGAGUUUUGUCAAGUCGUUACGGCUUGACAAAGCUCCUGGAGAGCGAAACGUUGCCACAAUAAAAGGACACACAUGCAACUAACGUGACAUUUUAUUGUGGCAACGUUUCACUUUCCAGGAGCUUUGUCAAGUCGUUAUGGCUUGACAAAGCUCCUGGAGAGCGAAACGUUGCUAUGAUAAAAUAUCUCAUUAAUUGCAUCUGUGUCCAUUUACCUAACACUACUACAUUAGUUAUCUUGGUCUGUUAUCUUAGCAACAGCAGUAGUAACAAGCACACACAAACACACACUAUGUUUCGUCUUUACGUAUAAAUCCUCAGAUAAGAUUGAGUGGUGGUGAUGACAGUAUCAUGUGGUAAGGGAAGAUCAAAAUUAUUUAGAAGAUAUACUCUCACGUUUUCUUUAAUAUUAGGGUUCACUUCAUAUAUAUGACAGCUUUUUACAACUAACCCACAGUUUGAAGAAGGAAGUAGAAUGGCAUCUUGGUCCUUGUCAAGUUGCAAGUAAACUGUAAAGUUUUCUCUUCAAUUUGUGGGAUAGUUAUGAAUUGUUUCACUUAUGAUAUUGUGACUUGAUUCUUCUUCAGUUGGGUAGUAACCCUUUCUCCUGUAUAAAUUACUAUAUUUAAAAAGAGAAACAUUUCUUUUUCUUUUUAGGUCACCCUGCCUCGGUGGGAUGUGGCCAAUUUGUUAAAAAAUUCAUUUUGUGUGUUAAAUGACAGUUUAGACAUAUUACUGUAUUUUAGUGUGUUUUAUAGUAUUUCAGUCUAAUAAUUGGUCAAUUAGUGUCAGAGGUAGUCCUUAGCAGUGGCAUAGUGGCUUACUACCUGAUAUUUCUCCUUGUACUCUGCAGUGCCUCUCAUAGAUGGUAUUCAGUAUCUGGUCUACUCACUUUCUUCCCUGUUCUUUCUUUCAGUGCACUGGCCGUAUCCCAUCGAGACUUUCUUCUCUAUUCUCGUUAUUUUGCACUUAUUGGGUCAGAAGGCUAGUGGCAAGCAACUUGCUUUUCCAUGUCUCUGGGCCUCCUAGUUCUCACAGUCAGUAUCUCUACUUAUUGCUGUGUUUUGAGGGGCCCUAACCACCCAGUGGUGAUAGAGGUUGGUUGGGGUUCAAGACUGGGAAAUCUGGGGGCAGACAUGCACUUAAACUUGGUUGGGAAUGGGGAAGGUGAUACUGAUGGGUGAAAGAAGAGAACUGGGGUUUUAGCAGUAGUGGUACUGGGAGGGAGUAUGUGUAAAAUACAUCUGUUGUCAAUGGGGUGUAACAUCAUUGUGGUGGUGGGGAUGGAUGGUUGAGAUGCUGUGGAAUGUGGUAGUAGCUUGUUGCUAAGACUGGAAUGGGAAAAGUUUAUUGCUGUUAGGUUUAUGGGUUAUGGUGUUGGAAUGAUUGGGGAGGGAAGUUAAGAAAGAGUAUGGGAGAUGUAUGGAGUUCAAGCAUGCUUUCUGCAGGGGUUUUACUGUAGAGGGAAGAUGCCAGAGUUGUGUGGGAUUAUUGGAAGUAAGACAGUGGUGAAGGACUGGGGGAAGUGGAGUAAAAUGUAAUGCUGUGUAUGGGGUUUAGGUGAAGAGAAUGGGUUAUGUUCUUAGGCUUAGUUGUAAUAUUUCCAUGUUCUCCUCCCUUGGAAAGUGUUGUCUUCUGGAUUUUUUUUCCCUAAAUAUUGUACUUUUUAAUUUGACACCUGUUUCUAUUGAUAGUUUCUCUUCUGUGUUCUCAUUAUUGAAUGUGAAGGAUUUUAGUUUCUUCCCCAGCAUUUUUUUUUUUUUUGUUCCUUUCAGUUUUUGUUAAAACAAUAUACUUAAUGGUCUUCUCUUACAUUACCAAAUGUUCCAUUUAAAAAAAAAAACUACCCACCACUUCUGUCAUCUGCCAUCUUGUGAAAUAUUUCCGUUAUAACUCUCCUGGCUGAGGUUUGUUUCUUCUGGCUUGCAGGUCAUGACCACAGAUGAUAUAUGCCUGGGGUCUUUCUCUUAGUCCUUAACUUCCCCAGCUUCUGCUUCUAGUCCUUUUGUAUCCCUCUAAUGACAUCCCAGAUUUUUUAUUUCUGUGCAUUUGUCAGACUUGCAUUCACUCUGUCUUCAUCCUCAUGUUCUUCUCUUUUAAUUUAUUUUUGUACCCCUUGCCCUCUUUCUCUAUUACAUUGUCUUUCCUCAUCCUGUCUACCUUGUUCGUCAGUGGUCUUAUGUCAUUUUCCCUUCUUUGAUAUCUUACAUUUUGUUACAGUUCUCUUCCAAGAGGACUGUGGGAUGGUGUCAAAUGAAAGGUUCUAUCUCAUCAACCAUUUCAUUGACAGAUCUAAAACUUAACCAAACUUAAUUUGAGACAUGUAAGAUUCAGUACACCGAGUUUCAUCAAAAUCCAUGAUGGUCAGGUAGGGUACUUUUCUAAAAUCAGACCACUUGACAUGGAAUGACCCUUGGGUAACUUGCCACUAAUUUCCCUACCUUCUCUUUCAUAUUUUUGACCUGUUUUUUUUUUUUUAUAUUAUCCUCAAACUGCAGCCAUCCUAAUCCAUUCAUCCAAAGUCUUCCCACCUACAUUGUCACUCAUAGAUUCAUUCUUCGUUAAUCCUAUGUACUGUAAUUGUAUUUGUCCUUACAUUUCUGCCCUUUCUUAUGUUAUUUUUUCCUGCUAUGUUUACCUAUUCGAGCAUUUGACACUGAUGGGGCUUCCAGCCUUGUUUCACUUCUGUUAACUUGUAUUCCUGUGUGACAUGGCCAACUUUGAAAUAGCAUUGAGCUAUAUGGACUGAAAAAUGCUGAAACAUUUCUUCACAACAUUCUCUAGACCAAAAUUAGAAUGCCAUGGUGUACACACCUAAGAAAAAAGAUAAAUAAGUUAGUCUCAAGAGAAAUUAUGAAAUGGCUCUCUCAAAAAUUUUGCAUCCGUUGACAACAAUGGUGGUCUGAGUUGGUUCACAAUAAAUUGCUUUCUGUUAAACCACGUUUGGGUUUCUGGCCUUCUUCUUACCAUUGCUGCUGUGUUUGAGAGACUACGUUCUCCCUCUCCGUAUUGGACACACAUCUCAUGGAAAAAUUCUGGCCACCACUCUUAUGAGGAUUGCCAAGUUAUGUUGUCAGUUAACUGUCUCUUUAUGGAUUGUCCUGUCUAUCAGUGGACAAGCAGAACUCACUUAUGACAUCUCCACUGCCCUAAUGCACUUACCCUACCUGACCUCACUAAAAGUCCCACCCUUGAUGCUGACAACCUUUUUGACCUUUUAACACCACUAAAUUAUGGCACCACCUUUCAUUAUAUUUUUACCGUUAGUACUCUCCACUAUCCCCACUAAACCUGUCAUGCACACUCCUACCCCACACUAGUCUAUGUCGUCUGCAUAUUUCUUUACCACCUCCCACCUUGCAGUGCUGUAUGCCCAUUUUGGGUUUAGAGCUUAGGAUUAUUAUUAUUAUUAUGAAGUGACUUCUAGAACUAGAUAAAAUGUAAGUUGAUAAAAAAAGCUGAAGGUUGUCAAGGGAUAUGAAAGAAUUUACAAGGAAGACUUCUUGAUUCCUUUAGCAGACAGAACAAAAGGGUCAUAACUGUAAAUUGAGACACUUAUGCAACAUAUGGCUUCAUCAGUCCACUACAAAGCAGAAAGGUGUAAGGAGAGGAAUAGUUUGAGGUAAUCAGUCCCUCAGCCUGGAGUCGAUGUGUUCAGUCCAUCAGUCUUGUAGAAAGAUUGAUGGACUAAACACAUUGACUCCAGGCUGAGGGGCUGAUUACCUCAAACUACUCCUCUUCUUACACCAGUCUGCUUUGUAUUGGACUGAUGAAGUCACUGUAGUGAAAUGUUUCUUCAAUAAAGAUUCCCAUAUGUUGCAUAAGUGUCUCAAUCUUCAGCUUGUCAGUUUUUAACUGUUUAUCACAUAACUGUAAACUAAGAAAUACGAGCUGCCUCGAACUAAGAAAGAAGAGUUCCCUAAAUGAUAUUAGAAAGUUUUUAUUUGCAAAUAGAAGCAGAAUUGGAAUGGUUUACAAGAUGAGGUAAUAAGUGCUUCAGCCGCUGUAUGCUUCAGUUUUUUCUUACGACAUUAACCCUUAAACUGUCCAAACGUAGAUCUGUGUUGACAUACGUAGCGCUCUGACCUUAAUUUUCCCCAUUUGAAAGCAUGUAAAAUCAGACAUAGAUCUAUGUUCGGAGCACUACACACAUCAACAUAGAUCUACAUUUGAACAGUUUAAUGGUUAAAUACUAAAAAUGGGGCACCACAAAUAAUCAAACUCUUGAGAUUUCCGUCACUGCUAUUCCUGUCUCUUGGAUUAUUGCCUUCAUACAUUGGCCUCUCUGUCUUGCUGCUCUUGACAGAUUCUCCUCUGAAUCAGUCCUCGUUACUGAAUUUCUUUAACAUUACUCUUCACUAAUAAUCUCUGUACCCUAUGAAGUUUUUCAGUUUAGUCCUUUCUAGUGCAAAACUCUGGUUUUUCCAUUCCUGUGCUUAGAUGAAAUGACUAAAUAUUUAUAUAAAUUACUGGCAGUUACGGUGCAAUAAUGAUCAAAUAAUCAUUGUGUAUGUGUGUGUGUUCAUGCAUUUAACCACCCUAAGUUCAGACUGCAUGGGGCCAGAAAGCCUCUGGCCUUUAUUUGCCUUAAAAUUUAAAGGAAUAAUUCCAAGACAAUAUUACAGUAAAAAUCCAACAUGAAAAUGGUACUGUAUUGCAAAUACAUGGUGUCCUUAUCAUAUUGAAAAUAUAUGUAUAACAUACAAGUUAUGUUAGGGAAGGUUGUAGCUUAAAAUAUUGGUAACUAACAUUAAAAUUUCUUCAAAAAUAUGUUAGAAUGUCUCAUUGCCACAUAGGUAUGUUUGUAUUAACCCUUGUUUUUAACAUUUGUUAAUAAUAAUGCCUUAAAAAACACUAUUAUGUGUUAGGUAAGGUAAUGAGGUAAAACACUGGCAUCAAACACUAAAAUUUCUUACAAAAUGAGAGAUGUUGACAUGGAUGCUCUAAAGUCAUCAAGUGUAUACACCUAAACUCCUUUUAUCACUAGUAAUUUCAGUGUGUGCUUCGCUAUAUACUAGCAUAUACACAAGGGUUAUGGCUAUAAAUAUUGCCAUAAUCAUUCUUUAUGAUAGUUGCCAUUUGCAUUCUAUCUAUACAAACAUGACUGGUUGGGGCAGAAGCUAGUUGGUUUAUAGCUGCACUUGCCCCCUCUUACAGCUAAUGCCUACCAGGUCAUGCUGCAGCGCUGAUAGCUGGACCUCUCCAGACUGAGUACCAAAUGUCAGAAUUCCUCUGAACUAAAUGACCAUAUAUUCAGAGUACUCUGCCAACUUUCUGAUUCUACGAGGAAUUGGGCUCCUAAGUUUGGGUGUUCGACUGUGCUAUUGGUUGCUUGACGAUACUGCUUAGUCUGAAUAAAUCGUAUUAACCUUUGCCUGAUCAUUAUAGCUGUAGGAAAAAAUACAAAACUUAAAAAAACUGUAAGCGUAAAUUUCUCAGCCCUCUGGCUCUCCAUCUCUAAGAAAAAAAAUGGCUUGAACCCCCUAAGAAAAAAUGAUAAUUUUUUUACUGUGUUCUUGGCACGGAGACUCUUUGUGUGCGUGUGUGAUUUUCAUUAUGGCGUUUGUACUGUGUUGUAUUGUACUUGUCACAUGUUGUACUGGUCUUUUUGAACAAUAAUUGUGAGUUAACUGGUGUUGAUUUUGGCAGGUAAAAGUUAAGAUAGUUUUAAUCAAACUUGGGCUUGGUAAUAAGUAAUAAAACCCAUUUUUAAUCAAAUUUUCUCAAAAGGAAAGUAACCGGCUUCUACGCUCAAAAACUUUGACUUUAGGAGUUUGAACUUCGAAAUUUAAUGUCGAUAUUUUUUGUAUGUAUGUGCUAAUACAUCAUAAGGGCAUUUUGAAAUAUACUCUUCAGUAUUAUUUAACUUGUAAUAGUCAAGCUGCAGAAUUAUUUUGAGGUUGUUGUCGCUGAUAAGGUUCUACUUGCCUCUUAUAGGCCUUGCCUUAGUUUGAAUUUACUGUUCAGUUUAUUAUUUAGUAAAUGGACGUAUUUCUCAGUGCACCUAGCAUAAGUAAACAAGAAAAAUACACACUUUUUAAUAUUUAUUCAACAUUAAAUGACCUUCAUGGGUUUAGAGCUUUCCAUGAAUAUAAUUACAGUGGACCCCUCAAAUUUCAUCAUCCAUUUUCUUUAUAUAAAACUAUAGUUAUUCUCUAUCAAAUAUAUUUUUUGUUAAUAUUUUUGGGUGUCUGGAAUGGAUAAAUUGGAUUUACAUUGUUUCUUAUGGGAAAUAUUAACAAAAAAUACAUUUUAUAGAGAAUAACUAUAGUUUUACAUACAGAAAAGGCAUGAUAAAAUUCGAGGCUCCACUAUACUAAUGAAUAUUUUCAUCAAUGACAUUCCAAACUGUGUAUUGAGAACUUCUUUAAAUAUUUAUUGGUUUACUUUGGCCCCCAAAAAUAUUUUCAGUCAAAUUAAUUCCCCCCCCCCCCAAGUAGUCUGGGUCUUGAUAACAUGUUUAAUUCAUGUGUAGGACAGUAUAUAUGUGAAAUUAAGGAGAAAAAUAUUUUUUGUAUACACGUAAUAAAUAUUUAACCCGUGUGAUAUAAAGUGAAUGACGAAGCCAGAUUUCAGUUUGGCGGUGUAUUAUUUUCUAUAGAACGAAUGUCAGAAUUUGUGAAUGUUUCUGAAACUUCUCAUAUUUUGAGAUAUAUUACUAGACACUACCAUACUCCUUCAUGCAUGAAACGAUGAUUUCAAAAAUCAAUUGUCUCUAACAUUACACACAGCAGCUCAAUCUGUUGCAGUUGUUUAGGAUGCUUAGCAUAGUUUUUAAAACCGUUAUGGAACUACAGUAGGUCUAUGAGUUGAAACUAAUAUUUUAUUUUACACUAUGUUUUAUUGUAGAUAUAAAAAUGUUGAUAUUUUUAAUGGAUAUGCCCUUAUUUUCUAAUUAUUUAUUUUUAUUGGAAUAGAUAUGUGCAGAAUUUUUUGGGCUGGCUGUAUCCUAUAAUGUUGACUGUUUAGAAAUUUAUGUUUAAUGAUUUUCAUUGCACUUUGUGAUAUUAAAAGGAAUAAUAAUGAAA